GGGACGAGAACGGCAGGUGAAAUUUGUUUGAGAAGUCAUCGAAGAUUUAUUGCAACCGGUAACUGUUUGUACACUUGUCGACGACCGAAUUUCUGUUUCAUUGCAUUUCGUUGCAACUUAACGGCGUUUAAGCUCACUGGGAACUGCAAAAAACCGUAACCGAAUCUGCAUAAAUUUGAUGACAUAGUAGCGGCACAGCGCAUCGCAUCGCGCAAGGCACCAGUACGCCGCGAACCAUCCACGAGAACGGACCAACGGAACGGUUUUUCAAAUUGGCGUGGCCUCUGUAUUCGCAAGAAAUAUAGAAACGAUUUUAAUAUCCUGGGCAGCUGUUGCCGGUGGUGUGUGGUUCGGAUCGGUGAUUAUAUAAUCUUCGGUGACAGAGUGCGGGGCGUACAUCUUAAUUUAGUUGCACGCGGUGCGGCGUGAUCGAGAACGAGUUAAGUCGAAAUGCAUUUCACACCGGUUCAAUGUUUACUACUCGCAUUGCUUGCCUUCGGUUGCAUUCUUGGGGCAAGUGGCUCCAAGAUACUGGUGCUGGUGCCAUUCCCUGCGCCGAGUCAUUGGCUUUGGCUGGAUCACUUUGUACAAGAGCUGCUGCAACGGGGUCACCAGAUAACGGCUAUUACCAACUUCCCCGCCAAAACAUUCCAUCCCAACUAUACGGAGAUACUGAUCGAUCCACCGUAUGAUAUACCGCAUUACUUUCCCAUAUCGGACAUAUUUAGCUCCAAAUACAGCAGCGACUGGUCCAACCUGGUGCUGUACUGGAAGGCCGGACUGGCCACAACGCAACAUGCCCUGGAGAAUGCCAACGUGCAGCAGUUCAUCGAACAGGAUGACACCGACUUCGAUCUGGUCAUUUCGGAACAGUUCUACCAGGAGGCGUUCCUGAUGUUUGCUCACAAGUACCGAGCUCCGAUUGUGACAAUCGGUACCCUGGGAUACGCGGACUACAUGGAUAGAGCGAUGGGGCUGCUUACUCCGUGGUCGUUCGUUCCACAUCCCAUUUUGCUGUACGUGGAUGAGAUGAGCUUCAGCCAACGAUGUUAUAACUUUCUCAUUUCGGCAACGGAUGCCCUGAUACGGAAGUACUACUAUCUACCCAAGCAGGAUAAACUGGCCAAAAAGUAUUUUGCUUCUAUUGAAGGUCCCGAGUCGUUCCCAUCGGUUCACGAGCUGGAGAAGUCCAUUUCGGUGAUGUUGAUCAACAGUCACGUGUCCACAUCGUCACCCAGGCCUACAAUAUCCGGCCUCGUAAACGUGGCAGGGGCCCACAUAAAGCCCGAAAAUCCCCUUCCUGAGGAUAUCGAACGGUUCCUGGACAACGCUUCAGAGGGGGCCAUUUUCUUCAGCCUCGGGUCCUACGUCAAAAGCUCCGAUAUGCCCAAGGACAAACUGAAAGCAUUCUUCGAAGUGUUUCGUAACCUCAAACAGAAAGUGCUGUGGAAGUUCGAGGAUGAGAUCAUGGUGAACGUUCCGAAGAAUGUUAUGGUGAGAAAAUGGUUACCACAAAGCGAUAUUCUAGCGCACCGCAAUAUUGUGCUGUUCAUUACGCAUGGAGGUAUGUUCGGCAGUCAGGAAGGUAUCUAUCGGGGAGUUCCAAUGCUGUUCAUACCAUUCUAUGGAGAUCAACACCGAAAUGCACUGAAAGCAGAGCGAGCCGGAUACGCUUUGACGCUAAACUUUGCGGAUGUCAAUAUCAUUACCUUAGGCUCAAGAAUCAACGAGCUACUCACGAAUCCGACGUAUACUCGGCUGGCCAGGAAGGCGUCCGAGUUGUUCCGUGAUAAUCUCGUUCCACCUAUGGAUGAAGCCAUGCACUGGAUCGAAUACGUCAUCAGACACAAGGGGGCUAAGCAUUUGAAGGCCUCGGCGGUUGACCACAGUUGGUGGCAAUACUUGAUGUGGGAUGUGAUUGCAUUCUACAUUGGUGCUGUUGUGCUAACUAUUUGGAUCGUAUGCAGAACCCUGAGAGCAUUUAGGUCGGCGAAGCAUAAACCAAAGGAACAGAAGCGGAAUGUUCUGACGCCGAAGUCGAAAACCACCAAAAAAGUUAAAAAUAAUUAGAAAUAUAUAUUUUUCAAGAAUUACAAAAUCACGAACGUUUCA